AUGGGGGGCUGGAAUUUCAAACUUGGAGGCAUUCUGGAAGAAGUUCACAUUCACUCCACCAUAACUGGAAAGAUCUGGCUCGCAAUCCUGUUUAUAUUUCAAAUGCUUGUUCUGAGUAUAACAGCUGAAGAUGUCUGGAAUUAUGAGCAGUUUGGCUUCAUCUGUAAUACAGAACCUGGCUGCAGAAAUGUGGGCUACAACCAGGCCUUUCCUAUCUCUAGAAACUGGGUUUUGUAUGCGUUGUGUCUUCACCAUCUGUUUCACCUGGGCCACAUUGUAUACCAAGUCAGAGUUCUGGAUUUGGGUCAGAAAGCUCAACUAAGAACUGAGGAAGACAGAGUGUGAAAUGCCUGGAUAGAACUUUGCCAGCUUGAGCGAUGGAAAUGAAAUAAAGCUCUGCUCAGAGGAACAUUACUUUGUACUUGUGUGAUACAUUUCACUUGCUGUCUGGUAUAAGUUGUGCUCAUGAUUGGACAUUUUCUUUUAUAUAGAUUUUACUUAAUGCCUGCAUUUAAAUGUCACAGUCACCCAUGUCCAAAUGUAAUUGAUUGUUUUGACUCAAGAUCAACAGAAAAAACAAUAUCCCUGUUAUUUAUGCAAGUCAUAACUAGUGUUUCACUUUCCUUAAGUUUUCUAGAAAAUUUCCACUUAGGUUAAAAAAAAAAAAGGCUUGGGGGACAAUAUAAAUUGAAAGAUGAGUAUAAUUUAUUCCAUGUGAACAAUUUAUCAAAAGAGAAACUUGCCCAAUAUCAGAGCACAUCUGCAAAUUCAGAAGAGAGUCUCUUCUGUACCUGUGUAAUCUGUUAG